UACGUAUGACGUUUUCGUUUUUAGGACAGACUUCAACAUGGCGCAUGCCGCUGCUGCACUGCUCGAUGAGCUGAUGGGCAGAAAUCGAAAUCUUCGCCCAGAUGACGCAAAUAGAAAUAUACGAUGGGAUAGCGAAGAUGUAUGCAAACACUUCUUGGUGCAGUAUUGUCCACAUGAGCUCUUUAUUAACACAAGAUCUGAUCUUGGACCAUGCACCAAGCUCCAUGAUGAUGAGUUAAGGAAGGCUUAUCAAGAAAGUUCAAGGUAUAGGAAGAUGGGAUAUGAAGAAGCGUUCCUUAGUUGCUUGGAGCAGAUAAUGCAAGAUGUUGAGCGUCGCAUCCGUAGAGGGCAUUCUAGGCUAGCCCUCAAUAACACUUCAAACUCGCUGCAUACACCAUUGAAAAACAAGAAUGAGGAAAAGAUUAAGCUUCUAACAGAAAAAAUCAAUGAUCUACUAGAACAAGUGGAGCAACUGGGAUGCGACGGAAAGGUGGAAGAGGCAGAGGGCACGAUGAAGUUGGUGGAUCAACUGAAGGAUGAGCGAGAACAGUUACGAGUGUCUGUGGAAUCAAUAGCCUCCCAGGAGAAGCAGAUGGAAGUAUGCCAGGUGUGUGCUGCAUUCCUGAUUAUCGGUGAUGCGAAGUCGCGCGUCGAUGAACACUUGAUGGGAAAGCAACACAUGGGCUAUGCUAAAAUCAAGGCAACAAUUGAUGAAAUUAAGAAAGAGCAGAGACGGCCAAUAGAAGAAUUAGAAGCUAAGCGACAAAAAGAGCGCGAGGAAAGAGAGAAGGAAAGAGAGAGGGAAAGAGAAGAAAGGCAGAGAAAGAGAGAAGAGAGAGAAAAAGAGCGCGAGAAAGAAAAAGAGGAGAGACAAAAACGGAAGGAAAAGGAAAGGAGAGAUCGAAGGUCGCGCUCAAGGUCAAGAGAUCGUCGGAGGAGGAGUAGAUCACGUGACAGGAGGAGAUCAAGAAGCAGGGACAGAAAACGUAGAAGCAGAAGUCGAGACAGGGACAGAGAAAGGGAUAGAGACAGACGUAGAAGAAGUCGUAGUAGAGAUCGCAGAAGAAGAUCACGUUCACGAAGCAGAGAAAGACGUAGAUCAAGGUCACGUUCACGCAGCAAAAAAAGGUAUUCAAGAUCAAGAUCGAGGGACCGUCGUCGUUCAAGAAGCCGGGACCGGCGAAAGAGCAGAGAUCGAAGUGAUCGUGAUAGAGAACGCAGUAGAGAGAAAGAGGUGGUGAAGAAAGAACAGAAAGAGGUGGAAAGUGAAGUUAAAGAACAGGAAAAUGGUCUUCAACAAGAAAAUAUUCCAAAAGAAGAAACCUUGGAAGAGAUGGAGACAUUAAAGGAACCUCACCAGUAUGGAGAAGUGUCAUCUACAGAGGAUGCAAGUGAGCCAAACGAACCUGACCCAAUCAAAACUGAGCUGAUUGAAAGUGAGCCAAUCAAACCAUUGCAAAUUCCAGCAGAGCCAAUCAAAACUGAGAUAGAUUUUGAAGUCAUGGAAAGUGAAAUACUGGAUUAAGACAUACUCCUACUAAACCUUCAAACUAAAGAGGUUUUUCGAGUUUUGAUUGAUUGAUAUGCUUCUACUGGAACACCGUGGUAUAGUUGUGAACAGAACGAAGACAUUUACAAAUUGGUUUUGGAGGAAUUGCCUUUAGUGUACAGGUGAACAUUAUAUUAAUAAAACAAAUAAGUAGUUUCAACUUUACAAUCAAACAGGAACCAUAAUUUCUUGUAACAUUACUGUUUAAAGUGCACAGGCAUAGACUUUUAAUAAGAAUAUUUUUAAGUUUGUAUUCAAAAUGUCCCAGUAAAAACUUUGGGACUUUUGGCACACCAGACUUCUUUCAGACAAAAUGCUUGGUGACAAUUUUGAAUAGUCACAAUAUUGUCAUGGAAUUGGUCUCAUGUGUCCCACUCUUGUGCAACCAUUGCCUUUGUUAAGCUCAAAAUAAGUUUGUGUUUCUCCAAGCAAAAUCUAAUCCAGGAUCGGUUUUUUUUUUCUUUUAAUACUAUUUCUUCAAAGAAUAACUUGUGUUGUGAAUCCAAUAUGAAAAGAAGCUUUUUAUGCUUUAAUUAAUUUUAUAUCUUUAACCAUCAGUUUUAUCCUAAUGCAUUCCAUUUUAGUACUCAUGAUGGAGAUGAAUGUUGAUUAGUUAUGAACUAUGAAAUUUGACCUCUGGCUUUAUAACUGGGGGAAAAUCCUGAUUGACCCUGAUUUCCAAUUCAUUACUGUGCAUGGCCAACACAGCAAGCGAGUAUCUUUGUUUCAUUGGUGGUAGUAUUCUUAUAAAAACUCUAUGCAAGUGAACAAACCACUGACAAUAAUAUUCUGUUGUAAAAUAUAAUUUUGUGUUGUUAUUAAAUUAAUUGACUGCAUACAUAGUGUAUUCAGUCAAGGGGGCUCGAAGCAACUUAGGUUUAGUUAUUAUUAUUAUAGAUAGGCCUAGGCCUACUUGUAGCAGUAGUGAAUGGGAUAUUAUGUUCUUUAAAUGUUCCUGUAUUACAUUAGUAGAUUGGAUUUUAGAAAAAUAUAUUGUCCAAAUGUAGAUAUACGUGAUUACACAUUCCAAAUGUUUUGUAUUGUUAAUGGGCAUGCUGAUACCUAUAAAGCAGUCCAUUUGUUUCCCAAUGACAUCAGCGGUCGUGGUGUCAACUCCAGAUCUGUACAGGUCAAGAAUGCUUCAGUCGAGUCAUCAUGACCCCAUCCUUGUUGUAGUAUUCACAUAAAUGACAAUUCAACCGUGCAAGGCCACAUCGAGUUAAGUCUUGACCGUCUGCUUAUCUGUACCAUCAUUUUACCAAGCAGGUUAUAACAUGUAGUAGUUAGUUGAUGUGUUUCCCUAGAUUUCGUCCUUACAGGCUGCCACUAGCAAGUAUAGAUUUUAACUUGAUUGGCUAAUACAGUAAUAUACAGUAUUUGUUUUCAUAAGUCAACUGUGAUAUUAUCACUGUAUCCCCAAUCUUGCUCUAAUCAAACCUUCGUAUAAUAAUUUCCACAUAGUGUAUGUUUAUUAGUAUACAUGUAAAAUUACUCUUGUCAGGUGUUCAGAAUUUAUUCUCUAGCAAUAAACUGCAUAUAUCUUUAUUAUUUGUAUCAAUAAUUGUUUCGAACCAGUACAGUAUACAAACAAGUACAGUACAGUACAGUGUAGUAGAUUGACUAUUGUAUCUGUGGUACACAAAUGUUUGUACGGUAACUACACUGUACUCAAGCCUCAAGUAGUCUGUUUCAUACCUGUUUCAUAUUGUCUGCGGUAUUAUUUAAAGGGUGGCAAGGGGAUUAGGGCAGUGGGUGGCUCAAGAUCCCAAGAAUAAAUUUCAUCCCUGGUGCCUCUCACUGAAAAACAUUUUAAGCAAAAAAUCGCCUCAUUGGCUCAGCUAGCAUCCCUCACUAUCUAUUUUUUCUUCAUUCCUGCCCCCUCCCCAUGCCAGUACCCUAGAUUUCAGUCACUGCAUACUGUUCUUAGGUUUAUGCCUCUGGUUUGGUGUACAGUUGAACUUGCCUAAGUCGAAUCCAAAAUGUCAUUGAAAAAUUGUUUAACUUAGAUAAAAUUUGACUUACAGAUUGUUAAUUAAUGGAAAACACAACAAUUUGUCUUGUAAAAUAAGAUUGACAUUGAAAUUAUUCGAGUUCGGUAGAGUCGACUUAGGCAAGUUUAACUGUAUUUAGCAUUAUGUACUGUAAUAUAUCCGUUUGUUUAUUCAUGAGCCCACUAAUACCAACGAAAGAAAACAUCUGACAUCUGGCAGCUGUAGUUGGAGAUGGAUGGAUUAUAUUACACUAAGCACAAGUAGGUGGCGCUAAUACUUGGAGAUGGCCUAGGAUCACACAUAUUUAGAUUUUUUAUUGGCCGUGAAGUGUAAGUUUAAUUGUUGGCAAUAAAAGAUGUUUACUUGUUCAGUAAGAGUGUUUGAUUGGUAGUUACCUCUUAGCCAAUCAAAAUCUCUUAUUGUACAGUGCAGGUGUUUGAUUAGGUAUUACCUGUUAGUGUUUGAUUGGCCAUUAGCCAUUUUAAUUGGCAAUAAACUAUAGUUAAUUGAUGGAUGGUGCAGUCAUAAUUUGGUUGGACAUACACCAUUGUGAUGACUCGGAUUUUGAAUAGUAGAAAAGCUGUGUAAGUUUGUAUUGGUUUCUGAAUAUUAAUAAGCUCUUUGUCUUCGAUUGGUCAAUAAAUUAAAACCUUUGAUUGUCUUAUUUCAUGUUAGCAGUUACCUUUUGAAUUUUAAUUUGAUUGGUCGUAAUCUGUUCUUUGUAAUUGGUCAUGAGAUUGAAGACUGAUUGGUCUUCAGUGUAUGUUUUGUGGUUCUUUGAAUAUGAUUUGAUUGGUUGAGUUAUUUGAUUGUGAUGGGUGUGGGGGAGCCCUGAAUUGAUUAUGAAAGUCUGAGAGUGCCAUUUCCGGCCCUCUAGAGGUGAGGUGACAUGUUCAUAAAUUGUUUUACCUCAGCAUCUACCAUUGUAGGACUGAGGUGGAGUAGACCAUCCAUCUUGGCCCCUCUAAUUUGAAUCCCUGUAUCUGCCACUGGAUAGUCAUAUUUCAUUUAUUUUAUGCAUUUUUUUUUUAUAGUUUUUAUUUAAAUGUCAGCUGUGUGUUUGUUGAUUGGUUAUUUUUUGCUUCAUCCUCAUUUGAUUGGCUAUAAACUGUUAGUCACUUGUAAUAUAUUCUUUAAAUGUUGAUGCUUGUUAUUGGCAAUUCAUAACAAUGAUUUGGUGAUAUAUAAUUUUAAGUAAGUUAGGCCAUAUAAUAUGCUAAUUAAUUACCUGUUAUGUGUGAUUGUACGAUAAAAUUAUAAGCUAAGACUUUUUAGGUAAAAGGUUAAACUUGAUGACACCAAACUUAAAGAUAUUAACUGUUGAUAUCUACAUUAUUCAGCAUCUGUGAGAUCAGGACUAACGCCUGUUAACCAUACAGGUACUUGAAAUUGUAACCAUUGAAUGCUUAGACUGAACUUUGAGAAAGAUAACAAUAACCACCAGUGCAUGUGCUGUAUCUACAAUAUUCAACUAUUGAUGGAACGUUUGUCGCAUUGGUAUAAUAAAGUGGAUGUUUUGGAAA